CAGCCAGUGGAGUGAAAGCAGCGAGAGUGGUUGCGCAGAGAAGGCUGAAACCGAUUUACUGGAGUUGCACCCGAGAGUGAGGGUCCUAGUACAUCGCAAAUAUGUCUAUUAUGUCCUAUAAUGGAGAGGCCGUCAUGGCCAUGAAGGGGAAGAACUGUGUGGCCAUCGCUGCAGACAGGCGCUUCGGUAUCCAAGCCCAGAUGGUGACCACGGACUUCCAGAAGAUCUUUCCCAUGGGUGACCGUUUAUAUAUCGGUCUGGCGGGCCUCGCCACUGACGUCCAGACAGUUGCCCAGCGCCUCAAGUUCCGGCCGAACCUGUAUGAGUUAAAGGAAGGUCGGCAGAUCAAACCUUAUACCCUCAUGAAUAUGGUGGCCAACCUUUUGUAUGAGAAACGGUUUGGUCCCUACUACACUGAGCCAGUCAUUGCUGGGUUGGACCCGAAGACCUUUAAGCCCUUCAUUUGCUCUCUAGACCUCAUUGGCUGCCCCAUGGUGACUGAUGACUUUGUGGUCAGUGGCACC